AUGCGCGCCCAUACUCUCCCAGUGCCCAAUCCCGACCCCGUCUACGCCCCUCCCCAAAGCUAUGCAUCUGCUCCAAUCAACCCUGCUGAUUAUUCUAACAGUACCGGUAUGGUCGAUCAUCCCAAUGGUGUUGGGGUUCCGGUUCAAUAUACUAACCGUAAUUUUCAAGCCAAUUUGGGACUUGAUGGCCGUUCCGGUGCCAAAACCGUACCUGGCUACAGCGGCAACGACUCUACUCAUUAUUAUCUCCCAGGAGAUCACGAUGACCUUCCAGAUGUCCUCUCUCCUCCUCGAUCGCCCCCAGCCACAAACGAGCAAACCAGCGAAGUCAGCUACAGUCUUGAUCAUCAGGCCAAUCCCCCUGCAAUCCGCCCCGAGGUCGAUCAUGCCAGCUUACAAGCGAUUUUCCGCUUGUCUGAAGCUGACCUGAACCUUGCAAAGUCUAUUCUUGUUAUGAGCGAGGCAAACAUCACGGGAGCCAUUGUCUAUGGGCUUGUUGCCCAACGACGAGUGACUCAUGAGAACCUUCCUGGCAAUCCGACCCAACCCGACGAGGACGAGGUUGUUGCGCCGGCUGACCCCCCUGUCCCAAAUGAACAAGUAGAUGUGAGGAACUUCUUGUAUAGCGACUACAUCAAGGAUGAGAUCCGUGACUUUAUUCGCCGCAAGAUGAUCGAAUCGCGAAUGGUUGCUUACAGCCGCCACUUGGAUGACGAUGGUGUUGCAGAGCCGCGGGCCUUGUUGACCAUGACUCAGGCUCACGUUGCGAGCCUUCCUGCCCACAUCAGAAGACAGCACCUUCCCCCUGGAUUUGGCGCUGGGAACAAUCAUGCACGUCGAAAGCGUACUCCAGUUGUGACCCAGUUACUUAAAAAUAUUAUAGACACCAGCCACGCAAGGGUUCGCGCGGGGGGUGUCCCUAGUCUUCAGAUGCUGUACACCUCGAUCCACACCAAUUUCCUUGAAAAUAGUGGAGUCCACGCGCCCCGAGUCAACUGGGCAAUGUUGCCCAUGCGCAUCAAGGUGCGGUUUGCAUACCUCCGAUUGGAGACCGCGGCGCACACCUUUAGGAAUUCUCAACGGCAUGGGUCCCAAUGGACACCCAUCGAUGAGCAAUUGGCCCUCUUGACCACUAAAUCAAUGGACUAUGUACGAGCGUGGGCAAAUGCAAUUAUCGCGUUGGAUUCUCAAAUCUUUGGCACUGGUGGUGUCGUUUUCGCCGAUGUGCGUCAUUUGGUCGAGCUUCCAACUGACGAGGCAAUUCAAGACACCCUUGUAACCAACGAAUUAUUACCCCCUGCCGAGCGCCCCCAACAACCGGUGAUGGAAGACGAUCUGUUCAAUAUGGACGCCUGAUCUCUU